ACAAAAGAUUUCCAAAAGUUUUGUGAUAAAUUACUAAUGCACACUAUAUAAUUUGUACAAUGCUUAUGUUGUAUUUUGAAAAAGAUCUUAAAGUCAUGCACACGAUGCUGACGUUGAUGGUUUGUCAGCACUGUACUUUUGACAAACAGCUUGUAAACACAAACAACAACAAGCCACAUAGUUUGAGCGGUGUUCCAUUCAUCAUAAAACUAAGGAAAUAUUAAAGAAACAAAUGUUGAAAUGACUACCAUAACGCUUCCCCGUCAAGAUAUUACGAAGUUUUGUCGCUUCUGCUUGUCGGAAAUCAACCUACUUAACGUAAUCGAUUCUAGUCCGGCAGAUCAACAGGCCCAUGGUGAACUGCUGAGGCUGGCGAAUACUUAUCUGAAGAUAGAGUUCCAGCCAGAAAAGGACUUCCCAUGCGCUGUCUGUGAGAUGUGCAUUGCGUUGCUGCAUGAUUUUGACACACUGUACAAAAACGCACAAGACUACCAUUAUGCGCUGAAGGUGCUCUCGGAAAGUUCGAGGAUAGAGGACGUAGAAGCUGAAAUUCCAGCAAGCACGAUAAACCCGGGCCUCGGUAAUAUGUACGAAUCUUCGCCAUUGGUUUUCAUCGAUAUGGAUAACAAUGGCUUCGAGGAAGAGCUACUCGUCUCAAACGCACUGGAAGGGCAUAUCGUUUUGGAGGACGUUCCUUUAAACGAGACUGAUGAACAAGAGGCACAAAUCGAUGUUUAUCAUGUCGAUGGUGAACUUCAGCAUAUCGUCAUGGACGGCGGUACCUGCAUCGAAGUUAAAGCUAAGGAAGUUCCGAAACCAUCACCACCACAGCCACCACGAGGCAAUCUGCUAAACGUUUCACUCGCCAAAGCCGGAACAAACUUGUCGGUCAGAAAGCGUAUCGCUCCACCAAAUGCAACACCCACACCUCAGUUACCUAAGAAACCUUUGCCAAUGAAACCCUCAUCGGUUCCGGUAAAUAAUGCUCCUACCAGAACACUGAAUCCGGAAGCCAACACAAAAAGAUCUUCUCAGCCGGCCGGACACAAGCAAUAUGUGGCUGCAGGUCCAAAGCAGCUUUACCGUUGCAACCAUUGUUCGAGUCUGUUUGUGGAGCUUUCCAACUUAUACAGCCACGUUUGCCAAAAGCGGCAAAGAGAACCCAUUCAUAACAGUUUGGCAAGACCGUCGGUGAUAUCUGUCGACGGGCAGCGCUUUAGCUGCAAGUUGUGUAGCAUGUCCUACCGUUCAAAGCUACAGUAUCAGAAGCACGAAUAUGAGGUACACGGUAUUAGGAAUGAAAACUUUGGCAUCAAAUGUACCAUUUGCCAGAAACUGUUUUCACAGCGUCAGGACUAUCAGCUCCACAUGAGAGCGAUACAUCCAACGCAGGGCAUGAGUUUCAUGACGAUUCACAAUUCACAAUGAUCAUUAGUGUAGGUAUCAAUGUAGAAUGACGAAUUCUAUAUCUCAUAUGACGAUGAGUAAUAAAGUAAUUUUUAACAAACUUUA